AUGAAUUCGGGAAGUGAGCAAAAAACUGAGGCUUCCGAGCUUCAGGGGAAGCAAGAGGAUAAGAGAUUACGCCAAAAGUGCGAAGUAUGUUUGAAUUUCUUUGGAGAAGAAAUUUUGGAAGACAACAAAUCCCAACCAAAGACAGCAGAAUGCGAUCAUCUCACAGAGGUAUGCUUGCCUUGUUUGCAAGAAAGCAUGGCGUUUACAAUCAGUGAAGGAUCGCAUAUCCUCACUUGUCCAAUCUGCUCACAGGAGUUAGAGCAGUGGUUCAUAGAAAUAUGCUGCACGAAGACGAUGUUUACCACAUAUUGCGACCUUGCAUUGCAAAGCUAUCUACAAUCAGAUCCGAAUUUCUUUUGGUGUUUAGCCCCAAAUUGUGGAUCUGGCCAAAUUCGCGAAGGGGAUGAUCCAGAAAUGAUCUGUGGAAGCUGCAAAGCACCGACUUAUGUGCACCACUAA